AUGGCUCUCAAUAACAACUCACCACCGGAACAACUACGUUUGCUGCAAGAAUACUGUGGACAAGUGCAAGAUGAAAGUCGCAAAUUGAUCCAACAAGCAAGUCAGCAGCUGGAAAAGCAGGGAUCGUGGAUGAAAGAUCAAAGUCUGAAGAGUCUGCAAGAUACUCGCGAGAGACUGGAACAACGACGUGAAUGGCUGCAAGAUCAAGUACCAAAGCAGCUGAACGUUGCACGUACCAAGAUCCAAGACCACGGGAGUACCUGCCUCCAAACUCUUCGCUUGUGGUGGGACAACUUUCGUGCCUGGUGCUCCUUCCAAUGGCGCAAGUCGAUACGCCCGAUGCUAGAACCUUUUGUUCGGUGGUGCACCUUGCAAUGGCUCGUGGUCCUCGAGUUUGUCCGGCUCAUUCAACUUCGUGACUAUCGCUUCCGCAUGGACAACUUUAUCAUCAACUGGAAAGACGAACUGUUCCGGUUGGCCAUCUUUUUCAACAUCUUCCUCCUUUUGACCCAAGUCACCAACUGGCAGAUGAGCUACAUGAAGUAUUACGCAGGGAUUGUGUCGUCACAGACACACAUGGAAACACGAGAUCUUCCGUUUCACGUACGAAGUCGAUCCGCUGCCUUGUCUCGUGUGUCUCCGCUUGUAGUAGACGACGACAAGAUGCAGUGCUUGAAUUGGAAAGGACCGCCACCGCCAGUCAUUGUCAAUGCCGCUCCUCCGCCGACAGGAUUGGUCGUGACGAUGCUCUUGGGAGAGUCGUCUCUUGACUUUGUCUGCUCCUUCUUUCCAGGUCAACUCGAGAACUUUCUUCUUCCUCAAGCAUUGGAUGUACUCUUUCUUGUACCACCGGAUAAUACUCCAAGCCAUCAGGACGGCGGCGGCAAGACCAUGAUGGAACAAGUGCUCGAGUGCCUCCAGUUGUCAGACAAGCCAGUGAAGGCAACCAAGAAAUGGAAGAAUCUGGACGGCUCAACCUUGACGACGUCAGAGUACGUAUUGGGUGUGGUCGACCCCAACGACAGUCGCUCGAGUCGAUCCAUCUCCGUCUUCUUGGGCGAAACGGUCAUUGAGUUGCCUCGCUAUGUUCGAGAGGAUCCUUCCAUCCUGCAAAAGCCAAUGACAAACCGAUGUGAUGCACCGGUCAAUUACAUUUCAGCCACACGGUGGUACACCGACGAGAUGUUGCAUCUGUCAAUUCUCAAGGACUACGAGUAUUUUGUCAAAAUGGACACAGAUGUGGCCUUUGUCAAACAACUACCCUUCAAUAUCCUUCACGAUAUGAAACUGCGAGGUGCCUUGUUCGGUCACACGGCCAACUUUGCCCGUAUGGCACCACUACCCUGUGGCGAUGAAAUCACAACGGCAAUCAAAGCCUUCCAGUUACGUUGGCUGCACUACGAAGAGGGCGAUCGUUUGGCGGCAGAAGAGUUGUUCCCCUUCAAACCCAAAUCCAAAGUGACAUGGGGCGGGGCCAUCUGCAGCAGCAACAAUGCUCGUAUGCACAUGGAUACCGACUAUUACUAUUCCAACCUCAUCAUUGGCAGAACGGACUAUUUCCAAAGAGAGGAAGUUCGAGCUCUGGGACGAUUCAUGACAGAGUACCCCCAUGGCUUUUUCAAAUAUCGUUGGACCGAUCAAAGCUUUUGGCACUUUGCUUUGGGUCUCUUUGUCAACGAUUUUGAGGGGGGAAAUGUCGUGGCGGAUUACACCGAUUUUCGCUGUGCUCCGCUCCAGAACUGUUGGUGGAGCUACUUCAACAGAGACCAAUUCCCAACCGAAAUGGAGAAGUGCCGAAAUGGUGGAGCAUUCGUGCAUUCGAAAUCAACACAGAGUUGGGUAAAGGAGUGGUCACAGCUGAAUGUGACGUCGUGCCUAGCAAUUGCAGAACGUCCUACGAUCCCUUAUGAGUCACAGUAUCGUCAUGAAUGCCCUCAAGGAAUCAUAUAG